UUUCAACAUAUUUUAUUAUAAUCUUUGAACCCCAAAAAAUAAACAAAUAAAUAAAACAAAGAAGAUAUAGCAAAUGAACCAAACCAUAAGUUAUCUAUUCCGCUCUAUCUUCAACUCUAAUGUCAAACACCACCACCGUUGACUGGUCAGACCUCCCGCCGGAACUCCUCCAGACCGUCGCUACAAACCUCCAAACCCUCUCCGAUUACAUCCGCUUCCGCGCCGUCUGCAAAAACUGGCGCGGCGCCGCUUCUGUAACACGGCGUCACCUCCCGCGCGAAUUCCCAUGGCUGAUGCUACCCUUAAGCCGCCCCUUCAAUCGGCGCGGCUUCUUCAAUCCCCUGACCAGCAACCUCCACCGCCUCACCCUCCCGGAAGCGUCCAACAGCCGCCGCCGCGCCGGAUCCUCCUUCGGCUGGCUGAUUCUCAUCGACGAGUCGCCUUCAAUUUUCCUAAUCAACCCCCUCACCCGCGAUAAAUUUACUCUUCCACCCCUCUCCUCUUUCCCAAACGUCACUAAUUUCGAUUUCUACAGCAUCGGAAGGGAAUAUACUCUCCGAUCCCCGGAAAACAAUCUCUACUAUUGCAGUUUGAGGGAAAUGCGUGAUUCCUUCAUCAAAAAGGUAAUCCUCUCUCACAACCCUAACACCGAACCCGAUUUCUCUGCUUUCGCAAUCCUCAGUCGCCACGAAAACCUCGCCUACUGCAAAAAUGGCCACGAUUCGUGGCAAAUUGUAAACGAAGCUCGAUCGUACAGCGAGGAUGCGAUUUAUUUUAGGGGAGCAUUUUACGCUGUUGAUAAAUUCGGAUCUAUCGCAAUUUGCGAUGUUGUUAGUGGCGAUUCGCCGAUUGUCAAAUUCAUCAACACAGGGCAGCAAAUUAGUGGAGAUAUGCAGUAUUUGGUGGACGCCAUGGGCGAUUUGCUGUUGGUAUCGAGGUACUUGGAUUUCGAAAUUGAUAUGGAGCGUUACUUCGAAGUGUGCAAGACCGUGAAAUUUCGUGUUUUUAAGUUCGAUUGGAAUUCCCAAAAAUGGGAGGGAAUUGAUAGUUUGGAUGAUAAAGUGCUGUUUUUGGGGGGGAAUUCUUCGUUUUCGGUGGUGGCGAGUGAUUAUAAAGGGUGUAAAGGGAAUAGGAUUUAUUUUACGGAUGAUUAUUCGGGUGCGAAUUACGAUAGUAUUGCUGGGGAUUAUGAUGUUGGUGUUUACAAUUUGGCUGAUGGGAGUAUUGAAUCUUUCCCCUGUUAUCCUCGUAAUUCACACUGGCCGAUUUGGAUUACUCCGAGUUUAUGCUAAACAUGAAAACUGAAGAUGGUGAGAGUGAUUACUUGAAUCCUUGGAGUGGAAGAUAUUGAUUGCUUCAAUGUAUACUUUGUCUCGAAUAUAUGUAAAUAACAAAUACUAUAAUAUCUCGAAAAUAAUCUCCGGAACGAAAGCGAUUUUCAGGGCUAAACUACUUGCUUGUGAACUUCUCCAUGUUUACUAUGAAGUUACUUUCUUCAACAAUGUAUUGUAUGACUCUCUUACUUACUUAUUUUUUUUUUUAUUUUAUUUUUAUUUUU